AUGUUCACUCCAUAUAUGGAGCCACCAUCAGCGAAUGGUGAUGAUGGCGAAACACUGGGUGUAGAAUUAGGUUAUGGUAAUAACUUUGGGUAUUAUGGACUACAAGCUAAUCUCUCACCUGCUCUCUGCGAACGAAUGCUAUGUAGUGAACGAGCCAAAGAAUUACAGGAG